AUGGUCGUCGCCGCGCUCCCUGCCAACCUAUGCGACUCCGUGCAAGCUCCGCCGACCGCAGGCCCGGCAGUCGGCGUCCUCGCGCUGCAGGGCGGCUACCACGAGCACGCCGUCAUGCUCUCCCGACUCGGCUGCCGCGUGAGCGAGGUGCCUCACCUCGAGGGUCUCGACGGCCUCGUCAUCCCGGGCGGCGAGAGCACGACGAUGGGCCACCUCGCCGAGCGGCUCGCGCUGCUCGAGCCGCUGCGCGCCUUCGUGGCGAGCGGGAGGCCGGUGCUCGGCACCUGCGCCGGCCUCAUCUUCCUCGCGGAUGAGGUCGUCGGCCAGAAGCAGGGCGGGCAGAAACUCGUCGGCGGAAUGGACCUGACGGUCGACUCGUUCGAGACCACGCUCGAGGCGGCCGACGUCGCGCCUGCCCGCCGCGUGCCGGCCGUCUUCAUCCGCGCGCCCGCCAUCCUGCGGACUGGAG